AUCCUAUACUUGCAGUGAGAUAUUGGAAGACUUUCAUCUGCAAACAUAUGCACCUCCUCAUAAUCCAAAGGAUGCAUUUGGAUAAGUAUCUCUUUGCCAUCUCAGCUAUCAUUGUGUGUGCUUCAGCAUCACAUUUUCUUGACCAAGAAUGGAAUGCCUGGAAAUCUAAAUAUGAGAAAAAAUAUGUCACUCUGGAUAAAGAGCUGAACCGGCGGAAAGCCUGGGAGGCCACAUGGGAAAAGGUGCAGAAGCAUAAUCAGCUUGCUGACCAAGGGCUCAAGAGCUACAGAAUGGCCAUGAAUCAGUUUGCAGACUUGACUGAUAAUGAGAGAAGUUCCAAAAGCUGCCUUCUUCCAAGAGAAAAAUCCCUAAAUCCAGUGAAAGCUGAAAGCUACAGUUAUACAAGUAUUACCAUCCCAAAAGAAGUGGACUGGAGGAAAUCGAAUUGUGUGACUCCCGUAAAAAAUCAAGGAACUUUUUGUGGAUCCUGCUGGGCAUUUGCAACGGUGGGGGUUAUGGAAUCCCGCUACUGUAUUAGGACCAAGGAACUGCUUAACCUGAGCGAACAGCAGCUUGUAGACUGCGAUGAGAUUAAUGAAGGCUGCUGUGGGGGGUUUCCUAUAAAAGCUCUGGAAUAUGUGGCACAACAUGGUGUCAUGAGAAACAAGGAGUAUGAAUACUCACAAAAGAAAGCCACCUGUGAAUAUGAUUCUGAUAAAGCCAUUCAUAUGAAUGUCAGCAAAUUCUAUAUUUUACCUGGUGAAGAAAACAUGGCAACUUCUGUAGCCAUAGAAGGACCAAUUACUGUCGGCAUUGGAGUGAGCUCAGAUUUUCAGUUGUACAGCGAAGGAAUAUUUGAAGGAGAUUGUGCUGAAAGUCCUAAUCAUGCAGUAAUUAUUGUGGGUUAUGGGACAGAACAUGCUAAUGAUAAGGAGGAAGAAGACAAGGACUAUUGGAUCAUAAAGAACAGCUGGGGCAAGGAAUGGGGCGAAGAUGGCUAUGUAAAAAUGAAGCGCAAUAUCAACCAGUGCAGCAUUACGGAGAUGGCAGCAACCAUUGACUUUAGAAUGUAACUGAUAACAAAUGGCACAAUGGUAUCUGUACAACAGAUCAUUUUUCUGUAGUAGAAUCUCACUAAACGUAUAUGUACCCUCAAGUAAUUAAUGCAGAUUAUGUAUAAAUAUGCCAUAUAUAGCUUUUGUGUAUAUCAAAUUCUUUUACAGAAAAGUUGGGGAAUUAUGAAGGUAGAACAUGCAGUAGUACCAAAUUUUGCCUUAGAUGGUGAAAUUCAAGAGGCCACUAUUUGUAUAGGAAAGUCUAGAAAGUAAGUGGGGUCAGUACUGUUUCAUGCUAUUAACAGGUGACUAUAUAGUAAAGAUGGUUACCUAUAUAAAGUCAUUUAAUAAAUAUUACUUAUUUGUCUUCAAGAAUGUUGGUAUUCUUUUCAGGCACACACUGGAAGAUAUUCAGUUAAAGUACUUGAAAGUGUUGUGUGCACCUUUUAAACCCUAAGCAGGCUGUACUGUAUGUCUGGGGAACAUUUCAACUAACGGUCGUCUUCUGUUCAUUAGAAACUGAAGGUGUAGUUUUGCAACAUCAGGAAUACAAUAUGUUCAGUAUACCAGAUUCUUUGUCAACUUUCAGCACUAAAAUCCCAUUUCUACUGUAAUAGAUUUUACAAGUCACAAAGAUUAUAAAAAUGCUUAUUUAGGCAUGUAAAUCAUUACACAAGGGUAGGGCCAUCAGGG